AGGACAUACAUGACAUGAUAGCAAGUCACACUUCCCAUAAGGCAUCUGUCAAAGCAAAAAACAAAGGGUUAUCACCAAUCACCAUUAUGAGCUUUGUUAUACAAGUGAAGGACAGUGAAGACCGAGUUAACUCAGUCUCCUCCCCCAAGUUAAAUUUCUCGGCGAUGAAGCUGUUUAAUCGUUUCCGUAAGGUUCUUAUGCGGCUGGUGUUUUCAGGCAAGUCAAAUAUGGGCGGCGGCGGUGCCUGUAAGGAAAAGAACUGUGAGAGGUUCGAGCCACCGAAGACUUCAUGUAGCUCUUAUUAUUCUUCACAUUCGCAUUACAGUGAAGCCAUUGCGGAUUGUAUUGAGUUCUUUAAUAAGUCAGCAGCACAAGAAGGGAUUUCGGAUGGUCGGAGAUCUGAUGUUUUGGUUUAAUCUUUCGAUGUUUUCAUGCUGUUCUUCUUUAUUAUAAG